AUGCCUCCUAGGAAGUGGAUUGACAAGAAAAAUGCUGCGACAUACCAACUUUUCCACCGUUCCCAGCACGACCCUCUAAUCCAUGACCCCCAAGCUGAUGACCGAGUCCUCCACCAAAUCGGCGGACCAGCACUUCCCCCGUCGGAUACCGCAAAGCGCGCCAAAAACCUACACGACCUCCAAGAUGAAUUCGGAUCCGACGCCGUCCGAAAGAACGAAGGUGAAGCCGCCAACUACGGUAUCUUCUACGACGACACAAAGUAUGACUAUAUGCAGCAUUUGCGCGAGUUGGGAACCGGUGGGGGUGAAGCGCAUUUCGUCGAGGCUUCGUCCAAGGACAACAACAAGGGAAAGAACAAGGGGGUGAAGUUGGAGGAUGCGCUGAGACAGGUGUCGCUUGAUGAUGGACGGAGUACGGCUGGUGGUCAUAGUGCGUAUGGGUCGCAGUAUGGGGAUAUGCGGUCAACGGCUUCGUCGUUUGUUCGCAAGCCGACGUAUCAGGACCAACAGAAUGUUCCUGAUUCGAUUGCGGGGUUCAAGCCUGAUAUGGACCCUCGUCUGCGCGAAGCUUUGGAGGCGCUCGAGGAUGAGGAAUUCGUCGAUGAGGAAGACGAAAACGUUUUUGGCGAGUUGACAAAGGCUGCCGAAGAGAUGGAGCCAGGCGAGUGGGAAGACACCCUGUUCGAUGUGGAAGAAGACGAAGAUGACGACUGGGGGUCCGACGCUACAGAAAAAGCCCCGGUACAGACCGACACGACAGACAUCGCGGACAUAGGCGACACAGAUACCGUAUCGGGCGAGCUACCUGAUCUCAACGAACCCAUCCCAGACCAACACCCCGAAGACCAGUCUUGGAUGCGCGAAUUCGCUAAGUUCAAGAAAGACGCCAAAUCCAAACCCGCCGGCGCCCCCGCAGCACCACCCAGCAUCGUUCCUUCGGAGCAGCGCAGCACCCUCGCCUCCACUGUCUUCACAGCAGGCGGCACGCCUGUCCACCGCAAGAAGCGCAAGGGCGCCAUGACCAACCCCUCCGCAUACUCCAUGUCAUCCUCCGCAAUUGCCAGAACCGAAGGUCACCGACUUCUCGACGACCGGUUCGAGAAAAUGGAGGCCCUGUACGCCCUCGACGAGGAAGAUGAGGAAGAUUUCGACGACAGCAUGUCCAUGGCUAGUGGUAUGACCGGCAUGACAGGUAUGACUGGCAUGUCGACCGCCUCGUCGCAAGCACCGAACCUAGUCCAGGCAAACGGCACCGAAGUGCCCCCGGCGCAUAGCUUCAACAACAUCAUGGAUGAUUUCCUUUCGGGGUGGGAUAACAACACCAGCGCGCAGGUCAAGCGCAAGGGUGUAAAGAUGAAGAGAGGAAAGCAUGGCAACGAAGCUAUUGGUAUGAGAAUGCUUGAUGAAGUUCGGCAGGGCUUGGGACCUGCCAAGUUUAAUGGGAAGGUGCCUGGUAGAGCAUGA